AUGGUACGCGCCAAGCGCCAGAACACACAGCCCCUGGAGGAUGCCUCGGUGGCCCCCGCGACCUUCACCGACGGCCUGCCGCUUCCCAAGCUGAUUGCUUUCGACCUGGACUAUACGCUUUGGGGCGAAUCCUUCGCCUUCUACCCGGCCGUCUCCUCUAUCAUCUACGCCUGCAAGAGUCGAUCGAUUCCCAUGGCUCUUGCCUCGCGCACCCACGCGCCCGAUUUGGCCCGCGACAUGCUCAAAGCCCUCCAUAUCAUCCCUUCCUUCUCAGACAAUCUCGCGGCCAACAACGCAAAGUCCAUCCGUGCCCUGGACUACUUUGACUUCAUCCAGAUCUUCCCUGCCAACAAGACACAGCAUUUCUCACGUAUCCACCAGACGAGCGGGGUUGCGUACGAAGAGAUGCUGUUCUUCGAUGAUGAGGCGCGGAACCGCAAUGUGGAGACCGAGCUGGGCGUGACAUUUUACCUUGUGCGGGAUGGUAUGACCCGGGAAGAGGUCGAUCGUGGUGUUUGGGCAUGGAGAAAGCGCAAUGGCAUUAAGCAGAAGACUGCAGGGGAGGAUGCUUGA